GAGAAGCCAGAACCCGCACGUUCCCUGGACAGGCGGCAGGGCUAUGGUCGCCAGCUCCAGAAGGCCCGCUUCGCAUUUCAGCCGGAUCCUGAGUGCGAGCCUGAACUGUCUCCUCAGCUCAGCCCCCCGGCGCGGUCGGCUGCUCCCCGGGCGCGCCCCCUCCGAUGGCGGCGGAGAUCCAGCCCCAGCCCCUGACCCGCAAGCCGAUCCUGCUGCAACGGGUCGAGGGGUCGCAGGAGGUGGUGAACAUGGCAGUGAUCGUGCCUAAGGAGGAGGGUGUCAUCAGCGUCUCGGAAGACAGGACAGUUCGUGUUUGGUUAAAGAGGGACAGUGGACAGUACUGGCCAAGCAUAUACCAUGCAAUGCCUUCUCCAUGUUCAUGCAUGUCUUUUAACCCGGAAACAAGAAGACUGUCCAUAGGUCUAGACAAUGGUACAAUCUCAGAAUUUAUUUUAUCUGAAGAUUAUAACAAGAUGACACCUGUGAAAAACUAUCAAGCACACCAGAGCAGAGUGACGAUGGUCCUGUUUGUUCUGGAGCUGGAGUGGGUUCUGAGCACAGGUCAGGACAAGCAGUUCGCCUGGCACUGCUCUGAGAGUGGGCAGCGCCUGGGAUGUUACCGUACCAGUGCUGUGGCCUCAGGCCUGCAAUUUGAUGUGGAAACCCGUCAUGUGUUUAUUGGUGAUCACUCAGGCCAAGUCACCAUCCUCAAACUGGAACAAGAAAACUGCACACUGCUCACAUCCUUCCGAGGGCACACAGGAGGGGUGACAGCACUCUGCUGGGACCCGGUCCAGCGUGUGCUCUUCUCGGGCAGUUCUGAUCACUCCGUCAUCAUGUGGGACAUCGGUGGGAGAAAAGGGACAGCCAUCGAGCUCCAAGGACACAAUGACAAAGUCCGAGCCCUCUCCUACGCACAGCACACAAGGCAGCUCAUCUCAUGUGGCGGUGACGGUGGCAUUGUCGUCUGGAACAUGGAUGUAGAAAGGCAGGAGACCCCUGAGUGGCUGGACAGUGAUUCCUGCCAGAAGUGUGACCAGCCUUUCUUCUGGAACUUCAAGCAAAUGUGGGACAAUAAGAAAAUUGGCCUAAGACAGCACCACUGCCGGAAAUGUGGGAAGGCUGUGUGUGGCAAGUGCAGCUCCAAGCGCUCUUCCAUCCCACUCAUGGGCUUUGAGUUUGAAGUCCGGGUCUGCGACAGCUGCCACGAGGCCAUCACUGAUGAAGAACGUGCACCCACCGCCACCUUCCAUGACAGUAAGCAUAACAUUGUGCACGUGCAUUUUGAUGCCACCAGGGGAUGGUUACUGACUUCUGGAACUGACAAAGUGAUUAAGUUGUGGGAUAUGACCCCAGUAGUGUCAUGAUGACUCUCCCAGGGACUAGAAGAUAGUCUUCACUAAAGAAACACUUGUUUGGGGCCUGAAAUCAUUACAAGAGAAGCAAAGUAUAUAUAUAUAUGAGCAGGAAGAGAGACUGAAGGCUCAAAGUGAAUUUGUGUUUUCCCUGUACUGUUGCAGUGAACUGAUGGAAGAGACUCUUCAGUUGUCCUUACAACAUAAAAGAAGAUAUUUUUUUAUCAAAUGGUAUAUACAGCCUGGCUGUGCUGCAUUGUUUUGAGUAUAUUCCAGAGUCUGUGUGGGAUGUUUAAGCAUCUUGUGUCUCAGCCUUUCAUUGUACUCAUUGCUUUCUGUGUCAGGAAAAGAGAGAGAGAGAGAGAGAGAUGUGUUAAAGGUAUUGUGUCGUAUAAAGCAGUCUCCACAUCCUCUUCACCUCAGUGUUUCUCUUCUCUUGAGUCUUCCUUCAUGGGCCACACUUGUCUCUCGCCAGAGUGUAUGAUUACAGUAUGUUCCGGUGUUCUGCUUUCAUGACCAGAUAAGAGUUGGAAAACCAUGUGUGUCCAACAGCUGGCCCCUUGAGUCACCUGUGGGGAGCAGUUAUAUCAUCGGAAGUGCCUUCUAUUCUACUUCAGCAUUCUCUUUCAUCCCACAUUAGGAAAUGGAAACUGCUAUCCGCCGUCAGCCUGAACACCGGUCAUGUGACUCAGCCUCAUCCUGCAGUGCCUGUGUCUUUCCAAAUGCAAUGAGGGCUUCUUGAGCCUUUUGCAUUUUGGACUUUGGGAAUUUUGGCUUUUUGGGGCUUUGUUUUUGCUUUGCUUUGUUUUGAUUUGUUUUUGUAGCUUUCCUUUAUUCAUCACAUGAAAGACAAACAAAAAUAUCAAUGCUCCAGAUGUAUCUUGAAGGUGCAUCUUUCUACAUGGCAUUGCCUCUGAAUGAGAGCGUGAUAAACUUUCAGAUUAGAAUCCUGCUCUCUUCACCAUCCAUAUUUAGUUUCCCUUUAGAAACCAGGUAUCUGCACAUCUUUAUGUUAGUGUAUACUUUUCUAUGAAGCCAGCCUGUGAUCUAAACAGAGGUACUGAGAAACAAACAGAAUUCUCAUAAGGAAAUAGGUCCAGCUUGAUAGGUUGCAGUAAGGACUCACUUGAGGAUACCAAGGUACAUUAAAAGUAGUAGCAAGCCUGGAAGCUGGCCCAUCCAAGCACUUCACACAUGCUCACCUGUUAGGUCACCAGUGAGGGUACCAGGUCAAAGUCCUGUGGAUACACAGGCUGAUUGCUUGCCCUAACUUUCCAUCUCAUAGCUCCACAGUGUCUUCUUCCUGAUUUAACAGGCGCUUCCUGGCAGGAAGUACUUAAAUGAAAUUACAGUUCUCCCCAUUAUCUUGGUUCUGUUUCUAGGAAAGCAGUUUCUCCUAUGUCAUCGUUGCUUCUCUUUCUGGAGGAAGCAGUAGUAACCAUGCUUGAAUACCACCUUUAGCACUGACGACCCAGAGUGCUUCCUAGGACAAGGCAUCCUGGAGCCACUUCUGCUGGCUGGCAGUGGGAAGCAGGGCUGGUGUCCACCUCCCACAACCACAUCCCUAGCAACUGUGAUGUGAGAGCAGAACUCUGCACACACUUCAGGAAGUCAUCGCCACUGUGGUUUAACGGCCUGUUCCAUGAAAUGCCACCUAGGUUCAGUUAGGCCACUCUAAGUGGUCUGAGUCUUCUCUACAUGAUCGAUCCAUCACAGAGCUUUGAAAAGAGAAUCAGAGCUAAAAUAUUCAAAUAUCAAUGGUACAAUUGAUUGCUAGAAUCUACAGCCACUUAGCAAGUUGUAGAGAAUUGUAUGUUGGAAAUCAGUAAUAGAAGUCUCUUUAAACUGGAGCAUGAAUGCACAUGAUGAAGGAAAUACAGUAUUAGGAAACUGAGGCUUAGGCACCCAGCAAGCCUGUGUGGAUUUCCACUAAUGUAGAGAUGAAUUCAGACUCCUGGGAAAUGGAUUACCAUUAUUGAGAGAGAGAACACACACGCAGGCCAGCUGGGACAUCUGGUCGACCCUUGUGCAGAAGAAAGAGGAGGGCAGCACUUCAUUAGAACACUACCAGAUGGCCCUACACUAGUCACCUCCCAGCUACAGCUCAUACUGAAGGGUCCCCAGAGGUUGAAACAUCACAGUGAUGAAAAUCAUGGUUGUAUGCUAUAGAUAACCACUGCUCUGCCCUUUCAUCUUACCCAUGCAGCUGUUGAAUUUGUUGAAAAAAGUGUAUCAGAACAACUGUAUAUGCACUGUGGAUGCUUGUGUUUGCCUGGUGUUCUUAACCUAUAGAGAAAUGCAUGCUGGAACUGAUAGAUUUCCAAGCAUUCUCUGAAAAAGAAGGCUUAAUCCAUUAGGCAUGAGCUCUGGUACAGCAUUUGGCUUGUGUCUCCUCUGAGUGUUAAAAAAAAAAAAAAAAAUCACGAAUCUAUCAUUCUGUUUGGUUAGCACUUCAGCUUUGUUUUGUUUUUCCCUCUACUGUGGAAACCUCAGCUCUGGAGAUGGUGGUGAGCACAGUGUGGUGGGAAGUAGAGACACCACAUGUUCCUAGUGGAUGAAAAGCAUCUCAUACUGUUGGUUUCUCCAAAGGAAAGCAUUUAACAGAGCCACCCAGGUGCAUCUCCACCUUAGCAUAAAAAGGAAAAAAAAAUGGUUUUAGAAAUAAAUACUUGGAAUUUUGUGUCAUUUUAUAAAAGGUCAGUCAACAUAAUGUA